CCUCCGCCUUUCUACUUCGCUUCUGCCCUUCCCUGCCCCUUCAGUCCCAGUGCUUCCUGCCUCUUCGCCUCCAUCAUGCCCUCCUUCGCUUUCCUGCUGCUUCUCCUGCCCGCCGUGAGCAGAUGCCCGCUCCCUGCAGGGUCGAGCCCGCUGGCCCCGUAUGACUUGCUCUACGCGGACGGGGUGCGAGCCUAUUUCGCCCAGAACUGGCCUCUGGCUGCAGAGCUGCUGCAGCGCUGCCUGCACAGCUACUCGCGGCUUUUAGGGGUGCGCCGAGAGUGCCAGGGCAGAUGCCAAGACGAGGCCAGCUUCGGGGGGCGGCCCCUCUCGCACCCCUGGGAAACCGGCUUCUUCGACCGGGUGCUGCAGCGGGCGGAGUGCCUGGAGGAAUGCCUGGGACGCGGGCUGGGCGGGCAGCCGUCCCGCCACCGGGCCAGCAGGGAGAUCCAGCAGGACUUCGAGGAGCGGGAGCCGUACAAUUACCUGCAGAUUGCCUUCUUCAAGCUGAAGAAACUGGAUGAAGCAGUCUCCUCAGCUUACACAUUCUUCGUGGCCAAUCCACAGCACCUUCAAAUGCGUGAGGACAUGGAAAAAUACCGUCGCAUGGCAGGGGUGAAAUCAGAAAGCUUUCAGGACCUUGAAGCCACGUCACACUGGGUGGCAUAUGAAGCUGGACUGCACCACUACAGCAUGGAUGAGUACCAGCAGGCCGUGACAAAGCUGGAGGAGUCACUCAGAGAGGGGCUGCUGGCGCUGGAGGACUGUAGAGCGCUGUGUGAAGGGGCCCGGGAAGAGGAGGAUAAAGAGGAAGAGAUGCAGCUGGGCCUCUAUGAAGCUAUUGCAGCUCACUACAUCCAGGUCUUGAAGUGCAGGCAGAAGUGCAUCCUCGACAUAGCCACCAAGCCAGGGAGGGUGUCUUCCGUAGAAGACUUUAUUCCAUCGCAUUUUGACUUGCUGCAGUUUUCCUAUGACAAAGUUGGGAAUGUGGACAUGGCGGCUGAGUGUGCCGCCACCUACUUGCUUUUCUACCCAUCAGAUGAGAUGAUGCUGAAGAAGCUGAAACGGUAUCAAGCAGAGCUGGGAGAAGAAACACCUGUUGCCGCCAGAGAGAAUGUCCGCCAUUAUGUGCAGAGGUCUCUUAUGGAGAAAAAACUGAUUUACUAUGCAAUGGAGCAGCUUGGGGAAACUUUUGAUGACCCAGAACCGUGGACUCCUGAGGAAUUGUUCCCUGAAAGCCUGAAGGAAAAACACAAGAAAGAUAAAGAGAAGCACAGUCUGAAAGCUUCAGCUAUGGAACAGCAGAAACACAGUGAACAGCUACCAUUUGAGGGGAUCACCAUCACCAUGGAUUCCCAACAACUCAAUGGCUCCCAAAGGGUUGUCUUGGACAGAGUAUUGACUGAAUCUGAAUGCAAAGACAUCCUCCGUCUGGCUAAGGCAGCUGGAGGGGCAGGAGACAGCUAUCGCGGCCGGCGUUCACCUCACACUCCACACGAGAGAUUUGAAGGUUUAACAGUGUUAAAGGCUUUGCAGCUGGCUGAGGAACGUGCUGUGAACUGGAGGGAUGUUAAAUUGCUCCUACAAGCCAGCGAGAAAUCCCGGAAAAUUGUGGAAUACUAUUUCACCCCAGGGAAAAACCUCCAUUUUUCAUUCACACAUCUUGUGUGCCGUACAGCUGCAGAAGGAGAACAGGAAGGGCGCAUGGACCUCAGCCAUCCAGUCCAUGCUGACAAUUGCCUCUUGGAUCCAGAGGGAAACACGUGUUGGAAGGAGCCACCUGCCUACAUAUAUCGAGACUACAGUGCAAUCCUCUACUUGAAUGAUGAUUUCCAAGGUGGAAACCUUUUUUUCACAGAGACAGAUGCUGUGACCAUGACAGCCCAGGUGCAGCCUAAAUGUGGAAGGCUGGUGGCGUUCAGCUCUGGUGGGGAGAACCCCCACGGUGUGUGGGCAGUGACACGUGGAAGGCGCUGUGCCAUCGCCCUCUGGUACACCCUCUCUCCAGAACACGCAGAGCAGGACCGGGCCCAGGCAGAAGAGCUGAUGAGACAGAAGGAGAGACAACAUGAACAGUCACACUCCAUUGACAUGGAGAAUGCAAGCCCAGGACAUGGCAGUGCAGACUCGCCAGAGCCACCUACCCCUAAGGGAAGAGCUCGAUCCACCACCCAAAGGACCAAAGCAAACGCUGAGUCUGGGGCACGGUCUGUGAGGAUGCAAGUCAAAGAUGAAUUCUGAACAGACUUGCACCAACCUUGCAGCUCUUGAAGUGGCUCCCAGGAGUGAAUGACUUGAGUAUUUAUAACUGCUGCCCACUGUGCCUUGCUUUUCUGUGACAUCACAAGAGGUGCCAUCUGAGGGUGACUUUGGGCCCAGGAACACGCCCGCUACAUUAGCCCAAGAAUAAUUUUGUCCAGGAAAAGAUGCCAGGUUUGUAAACUAGUGCAGAGUAAUUGCUAAAAGAGACGGAGCUGUGAAUCAGGAAACGCCAGUACAAAUCUGCUGUGUACAUACUCAGAGGCAGAGUGCUUCACCUACAACAAUGGAAUAAUAAAUACUGACCUAUGGGGCUGUUGUAAGAAUAACAGAUAGUAUGAGAAAGGCCUUUACUUUCCUAAAAUGCUAUAUUACAUGUUUAGUGCGAGUUGGAUGAACGGCAUUCUACCAUUAUAGCCAAAAAUCAGGGAGGGCAGCUGCAGUCAGUGGUACAAGUUAUUUGCAGUCCACAAUUAGCUCAGCAGAUUGAUGUGAAACCAGGCUGUGCCGGAGGGAUCCAUCUGAGCACAACCCAAGCUGUUUUCGAAGAAGAAAGAGUUCCUUACUCUCAGGAACGUACAAUUUGAGAAGUGAAUUCCACCAGUAUGACUGGUUUUGCCAGGGCUUUUUUCCCCCCAUGGACAUUGCUGGAUGUAGACUGUGCCUGCCAGUUUCUCUGCUCCUACUGGGCUUCUUGUGUCUACUAUUGUGAUAUUAUAGUAGUACCAUAAGGUAUUCAUCAUUUUUAUUAAAAUGUGAUUCCUGGCCCAUUUUAUCCUAGAGGAAUUCAUAAGGUGUGUCCUGUUAGUCAUGCCCAGAACAAGCCUGCAUUGCCUAGCAACGGGCUCCAAGGUGCUAGCCAGUGGGUGGAAGGGCAGUAGGUGGGGCUCAUAUUUUGAAGUUAGCUGCAGUCCACUGCAAAAUUAGGUUGCAUGGUAGGCUAAAUCUGAAAGUAGGCAUUCUUUCUUCCUCUCCCCCUCUCAUGACUUCUCAUGGUCUUCCAAAACCUCUCUUACCAAUCAGGAUGUUUUAUAGGCUGAAGCAAUUGAAUGUAUUUGCCCAAACAAUGAUAGCAGUUGUUGGAGUUUUUUUAAAGGAUGUACUUCUGAGUACUAAAAUAAAUAUUCUGAAGCAAUGGGAUGCUCA